AUGGAGGUUAUGCGGACAAUCCCUCGUGAUGAAUUUGUAUCUCCGCUGAGGGUACACUUCCCUUCCCCGCUGGGACCUGCCGAACGUCAGAAGGAAACAUGCGACUUGUCAUAUGGCUGGCUGCAGAUAGAUGGUUUAACUUUGGAGUGUCUCGGGUCCCGAGGAUACACCACCAAGAGUGGUGGUGAGUAUUACGGCAAAGUCCUCCAAGUGGUGGAACAUCAAAACAAGGAUACAAUAUUAUGGCGAAAACUAGGCUACGAAUCAUCGCGGGCUCUGGAAGCUGACAUCCAUGCCUUCGAGCCCGAAGGCUAUGAUGCACCACCGCCUACAUAUGACGAUGUGAUCAAAGAUCUACCUCCACAUUACGCUACGCUUGCUCCCUUAGCCCAGCGGAAGAGUCUUAUCCAGGACUCUGCGCCCGCGCCCCCACAGACUACAGAUGAGUCAAAGUCUAAGGGUGCAUCGCGACCAUUCGAUUUUGGGUCUGCAACGGGCAUUCGGGAAAGAGCAGGAAAGAAGAAUAAGAAGAAGAAGACAGCCGCGCAACCCCAGCGACAGAGCACACCGCCGGCUGAGGAAGGUGGAGGCGACAAGCCAGAGGAGGGCGGCGGAGAUGAGCAGAACGGUGAUACCGGUGGAAAUGGAGGAGGCGACUCUGGAGGUGGUGGCAAUGGAGGAGAUGACAAUGGCCAAGAUGGGAACGGCGACGGUAAUAAUGGAGAAGAUGACGACUGGGGUGACUGGAAUACGACAAGCACGAACAAGAGUAAGAAGAAAAAGAAACAGGAGGAAGAGGAAAAAUUGAAGGAAGAAGAAGAGCAACGAAAACGGGAAGAAGAGGAACGGCUGGCCAAGGAAGAGGAGGAGAAGCGGGCUGCAGAAGAAGCCGCCGCCGCUGCCGCCGCUCCCCCCGACCUUAGCUGGGCAGAUGACACUAAUGCCAACGGUGACGAUGGUUGGGGUUUUGCCACAACAACCAGCAAGAAAAAGAAGAAGAAAGACAAGGGCGCCGACCCUAGCCCGCCCGAACCGGCGUCCAACGGGUUCCAAGACGUAAGCUUGAACGACAGUGCGCCGCAACUAGACUUGGGUCUGCCUCCAGCAGCGCCAGGGACGGGCUUCAGCUUUGGGAGCUGGGGUCAAGAUUGGGGUUCUGGUGAUAAAUGGGGUCUUAACACCCUUAACGGCAUGAAAGACGACAAGCCAAAAGAUAAUAGUAACCCCUGGUCCUUCUCCGGCACCAACGGCAUGUCGAACGCCUCCGUUGGGUUCAGCUUCGGUGCGGACCUUGGAAGUACUCCAGCUGCCAACGAACCCCCUCCUGCCUCGGAGGAAAACAAGCCAGACGACGACUGGGGAAUUCCUGUGACCAAGAAGGACAAGAAGAAAAAGAAGAAGGGGAUUGAAGAGGAGUCGACACCCGACCUUCUUGCAGAAGAACCAACAUCAGAUAACGCCUGGCCGGGUGCUGAAGAGAAGAAGGAGCCAGAAUUUGCUGAUGAUGACUGGGGAUGGGGACCAACUGCCAAGAAAGACAAGAAAAAGAAGAAGGCUGACGAGCCUCUUCUUGAAGAACCCCCCGCCCCUGAACCUCCUGCCGCAGCCGAUCCGCCGCCUGAAGAUGACUGGAGCUCUCCCUGGGGCCCUGCGACCAAAAAGAAAGACAAGAAGGGUAAGAAGAAUGCCCUCCUCGACGAGCCAGUCGUUGAGGAGCCAGCGCCUGCCGAGAUAAAGGAUGAUGAUUGGUCAUCGGGCUGGGAUGUCCCAAAGAAGGAUAAGAAGAAAAAGGGCAUGGUCUUUGAGCUAGAGCCGGAGCCAGAACCUGAACCAGUCGUGGAACCUGAUCCCGAGCCCGAGAAGCCAGACUUGGGAUUCCUGGAGAACCCCCUUUAUAAUAACUGGCAUACACUCUCGUCCAAAGACCGGAAGAAACGUGAAAAAUCACUGAUCAAAAACGGACUUCCUAUCCCCGGCAAGGACUUUGAUCUUCCUGACCCGAAUGCCGAGCCCCCUAAGGAACCGGAGCCAGAGCCAGAGCCAGCUCCUGAGCCCGAGCCCGAGCCCGAGCCGAUAGCUGAACCUGAACCAGAGCCAGAACCUGAACCAGUCAUUGAACCAGCGCCUGAGGUUGAACCGGAGCCCGCAAAGCCUGCCUUUGAAAUUCCAGAUACCCCUCUCUAUAAUAACUGGCAUAUAUUAUCAUCCAAAGACCGGAAAAAACGUGAAAAAUCACUGAUCAAAGCCGGACUUCCCAUCCCCGGCAAAGAUUUUGAUCUUCCUGAUCCGAAUGCCGAGCCACCUAAGGAACCGGAGCCGGAGCCAGAGCCAAUUCAAGAACCUGAUCCAAUCCCGGAAGCUGAACCUGAGCCUGAGCCCGAGCCUGAGCCUGAACCAGAGCCCGAGCCGGUAGCUGAACCUGAACCCGAGCCUGAGCCUGAAGUCAAAGCUCCUGAGAUACCUGACAGUCCUCUCUAUAACAACUGGCACACACUCUCAUCAAAAGAUCGGAAGAAACGUGAAAAAUCAUUGAUAAAGAGUGGACUUCCGAUUCCUGGUAAAGAUUUUGAGCUUCCUGAUCCCAAUGCUGAGCCCCCCAAAGCGCCGGAGCCGGAGCCUGAGCCAGAGCCAGAGCCACUUCAGGAACCGGAGCCAGCUCCUGAGCCAGAGCCUGAGCCAGAGCCACCAGCUGAGCCUGAACCUGAACCGAUCCCAGAAGCUGAGCCUGAGCCUGAGAUCAAGGUUCCGGAGAUACCAGACAGUCCUCUCUAUAAUAACUGGCACAAUUUGUCAUCCAAAGACCGGAAGAAGCGUGAGAAAACAUUGAUUAAGAACGGACUUCCUAUCCCGGGUAAAGAUUUUGAGCUUCCUGAUCCGAAUGCUGAGCCACCUAAAGAGCCUGAGCCUGAGCCAGUACCUGAGCCUGUUCAAGAAGAGCCGGCGCCACCUCCAGCCCCAGAACCGGAGCCUGAACCUGAGCCAGCUUGGGAGCCACAGCCAGAGCCUGCGCCCGAGCCUGUCCCUGAAGUGGUUCCAGAAAAGACUUAUGAGGAGGAGAGCUGGGGGAUAUGGAACGCUCCAAAGGAAAAGAAAAAGAAGAAGAGCAAGAUCGCAGCUGAGCCUCCACCGCCCGCACCGACACCGCCCUCUUUGGGAUGGACUGCCGAGCCGGAGGGAUAUGUACCUACUGACCAAGUCCCCGAACAGCCUCUCUGGGAUGACUACGACAGCAAGCCUUCGAAGAGCAAUAAGAAGAGUUACAAGGAGGAAGAGACACCUAAGAGUGGCAUGGGUUUCUGGGCCACCAUAGGUGCUGCAACUAUGGGCAAACCCAAGACUACAAAGAAAAAGUCAUCAGAGAAGACUAAAGCCAUAGAGGCGGCACCAGAGCCCGAGCCCGAACCUGAACCUCUACCAAGUCAUCCUGCAGAGGAUGACUUACUUAUUGACGUUGACGAUUCAAAGAUGCCCGAGGCGCCCGAAGCGCCAAUCCCGCCAGUUGUCGACGAACCACCCGCGCCAGCCGCGCCGCCAGCGAAGACUCCCGUUGUCACCUCGAAGACCAAGUCAUCGGCCAAAUUGUCCGUCUCAGAGCGAAUCAAAGUUUUGGAGCAAGGGAAGAAGGGGAAAUCAAAGGAAAAGGUUGCCAAGGAAGAGCCUGCCCCACCCCCAGAGGAACCUCCUGCUCCCCCGCAACCCGAGCCUGUCGAGUUCUUUGACCCCGAACCGGUUCAGUUUAAAAAGCCCUCGAGGGAUUUGGUUCCAGGCAGUUUCCCAGACGCAUUCGACGACGAGGAGGACUUUUACGAUAUACCCCCGCCACCUGCCCCGGAACCGCCUGCUCCAGAGCCGGAACCUCAGUUUGAGCCAGAACCUGAGCCUCAACAACCUGAGCCCGUGCCCGAGCCCGAGCCGGUGCCUUUGUCAAAGAAAUCAAAGAAGAAGGACAAAAAGAAGGCGAAGGCUAUUGUACUUGAACCUGUGCCUGAGCCGGUACCUGAACCAGUUCCUGAGCCUGUACUUGAACCACCGGCUCCUGAGCCCGUGCCUGAGCCGGUCCCUGAGCCUGUUGCAGAACCAGAGCCAGAACCCCAACCCGAGCCGGAACCCGAGCCAGCCCCCGCACCUGUUCCCAUCUCAAAAACUGAAAAGAAGAAGAAAAAGAAGAAGGUCAUUGAGCCAGAACCGAUUCCUGAGCCAGUGCAAGAACCGGAACCCGCUUUUGAACCUGAACCUGAGCCGGAGCCAAUAGCUGAACCUGAACCCGAGCCCGUACCUGAGCUCGAGCCUGAGGUCGUUCCUGCUCCUGCUCCCGAGCCUCCGAUCGAGCAAGCACGGGAUAUAGAGCCGGUGAUCGACGAAGCACCUGCUCCCAAGCCUGAAAAGCCGAAGAAACGGACCAAAAAGGUAUCCAGUCGAGAAAAAGCACCUCCGGUCGUGGAACCAGCCCCUGCCGAUGCCGAGAUUGGCGAAGCAGCGGCAGAAGUUGAUGUAGGCGCGGGCGGCCCUCCUACGCCUCCACCAGAGCCUGCCGAGCCUACCGAGCCCGCCGAGCCUGAACCAGAGAAGCCGGCCAGGAAGGAGCGUGUCCGUGUUGAGCGCACUCCUGGUUCAGCAUCCUGGGGAUUUUGGGGUGCAACGCCUCAAAAGCAGCCCAGCACUAGGGAACAUCGGCGUAGACGGGAACGUGAACGGGAACGGGAACGGGAACAGUCACCCCCACCUAUGGUCAGGUCGAGAUCGACCAGACAACCAAGGUCUAGGGAUCUCGAGAACGAGGGAGAGAAGUCGACCUCUGACAAGGAUAAACGUAAUAGCCGAGGUAUGACUCUUGCUGAUUUUGUCCUGGGCACGCCGCCGCCGCCGCCGAGUAGGACAAAGUCCAGUCGAAGACACGGAGCACACGCAUCCAGAGCUACUUCGAGGCGUCCAUCUGUGGGUAUGGACGACGCCGGGUUCCUCAGCCCUCCACCGGACGAUAGCCGGGAUAUGCCGGAUAAAGCCGCCAGGAUGAUGGGCGUGCACGGUUCCUCCCGGAGGGAAAGAGAGAGACGGCAUGAAUCUCGUAGAAGAUCUCGCGCUCCUGAUCCGUAUGCAGUCGAAGACGAGGACAUCGUCAUGGUAGACCGGGACGACAUUGAUGCCCCGAAGGAGGGCUCAAGGGGAUCAAGGCACUCCGACAGACGAUCGAGGAGAAAGUCUCGGUCCAGACAAGAAGAGCAUUAUGAAGAUGCUGAAGUGUUUUCGGGACCAGAAGAUAUUGCUUUCGUGGAAGCACCAAGAGAGCGACGCGUGAGACGAUCAAGUACUGCUCCCAAGAAACCAGAGCCCACUGGUCUCAUGGGCUUCAUCGGCUCUUUGCGGAAGAACGCUCGUCCGGACCCUCCAGAGCGCCGAAAGUCCAGGUCUCAUCGUGAUGAGGAUGCUAGGUACAUGACAGAGCCAGAGCGAGAGGAACGGCGUGCAAGACGCGAAGCUCGCAGGAGACGUGCCGAAAAAGAGGCUGAGCUUGACGGCUUUGUCACUGAGGGUGGUCCAGUAGGUGGGUUCCCGGAAACCGACAUGGACGAAGUUGAAGCUAGACGGGCAGCACGUCGAGCAAAGCGAUCCUCUCGACAGGCGCCCUCAGAUCAGCUCCGUGAGAGCGAGUGGCGCGAAGCCGAAGAAAGACGUGCUCGACGGAGGGAAAGAGAGAGAGCUCGUGAGCAAGAGAUGCAGGAGAGAAUGCUCCGAGAGGAGGAAGAGCGGGAAGCAAGACGCCAGGAAGAGCGAAGGCUUCGUAGAGCAGCUCGUGAAGAGCGCCGUGCUCGUGAAGAAGCAGAGGCCCGCGAGGCAGAAGAGCAGGCCGAAGCCGAAGCCAGAGCAGCAGAACGGCGCGAACGCAGACGGCGGAGGGAGGCAGAGAUGCAAGAAGCCGCCGCGUACGAGCCCCGGUCCAAACGUCGAUCCUCUCGUCACCCCGUCGAUGACAGAGCAGCCCGAGAAUUCUAUCUCGGCGGCUACGAUGGCGAGAGGGCUUACCGUCCGGAACGGUCUACACAAGAGGGGGUGAGGCCCAAACGUCGCAGGUCCAGGGCUCCAGAACCGGAGCGCGCACCACCGAUGAUGUCCGGAGGACGCAAGGAUAAAACUUCGUCCUGGGUGCAUUCGCAAGCCAGCGACCCGCCUGAACCACCACCGGUCGUGGCCACCGUAUUGGACAUGCCACCUGGUCCAGGUGAGCCGGCCCAGGCGAACUCGGUCUCCUCGGACGAGGAGGCACGACGUGAGCUGCGGCGUCGGGCCCGACGACGAGCCAGAUAUCCUGGCAUGACGGAUCAGGAAAUCGACGAGUUGCGGGCGCGAAAGCGCGAGGCUAGACGGUCUGAGCGUAGUUCAGGCAGCGCAGAUUACGAACGGGUCCGGGGCAUGAGGUCGUACGACGAUCGUUAUGCACCGCCAGUCAAUGGACCCAGGAUGCCGAAUUGGUUCAAGAGACUGACCAAUUUGGGUUGA